AAAAUGAACACGUGACCGUCACGCUAGACAGGAAGUUAUGAAGGUUGAGCGUGUUUAUUUGUUUACAGAGUUUUUCAUUUGCAACUCGCCGGGGCUAUCUUAGGUGAAUGAAAAAUAUUUAAAAUGCAUAGCGUGUAAUAUCGAUACAGCUACUACCGCGUGCCUGUGACGUUUAUGCCGCAUAGAUGGGAAUAGCACACGCUAAGAAGACAUGCUAAAGGCACGCUUUAUUAGCCUGCUAACUUCCAAGGUAACGUUACCUGUCAUGCUACGCCGUCAUGUGUCGCUGACAGCGUUAUAAUGUAACCUCUUUGUUACAAAGUGUAAAUAUAACCACCACGUUUGUGUGCAGGUACAAUUGUUGGCGCCUUCGGUGAGUUAACGAUAUCGAUUGCUUGUUAGCCAGCUGAAAAAGAAGCUAACAUGGGAGUUGCACAGGACACGGUGACCUCUCACAAUAUGUCUCUCAAAAGAGAAGGAACAAACGUUAUCUGAUGAUAUGACCAAAGACCCGGUGCAUCAUGGCGUUAUCUGAAGUUUAUUGGGAUCACCAGAUACCCCUUCCAAAGCUUGCUCCAGUUCAGGCCAAGGUCACUGUCGCCCUGGUGGCUCUCCUGUGUUUCAUUAACAGUUAUGACGGGGAGUUUGUGUUUGAUGAUUCAGAAGCAAUUGUCAACAACAAGGACUUGAAACCCACGACUCCUCUGAACAAUAUCUGGAGCAAUGAUUUCUGGGGAAGCAACCUAAGUAGCAACUCCAGUCACAAAUCCUACCGACCUCUCACUGUCCUUACAUUUAGGCUGAACUACCUCUUGGCUGGAGGCCUGCAUCCUGUUGGCUUCCAUGUGCUGAACAUCAUCCUCCAUGCUGUAAUAUCUUCCCUUAUGAUUGACGUGUUUGCUAUACUGAUUGGUGGACUGGCCUAUGAUGUGAAGGGUAGAAUACUUAAUUAUGCCCCCAAGACCUCUCUGCUUGCUGCCCUCUUCUUUGCCACACACCCAGUCCACACAGAAAGUGUGGCUGGUAUAGUGGGUCGAGCAGAUCUUUUGUGCGCUCUGUUCUUUCAGCUCUCUUUCCUCACCUACUGCAAAGCUUUCAACAGAGGAAGUGACAGAGAUGACAGGUUUUCGGUCCGGUGGGUUGUGGUCAGCCUCUUGCUGUGUGCUGCAGCGAUGCUCUGUAAAGAACAAGGCAUCACAGUUUUGGGUGUGAAUGCAGCCUUUGAUGUCCUUCUGAUCUGUAAUGUUAAUGUGUAUGAACUCAGCCAGAGGCUACUCCUUAGGAAGAUUCCACUCAAUAUGAGUGAGAUACUGCGAAUGGGAUUGCUCACACGGUUGGCUCUAAUGAGUCUGGGAGGACUCUUAAUGCUCUAUACACGCUGGAGGAUCAUGGGAACAGGACCACCAGCAUUCACUGAAGUAGACAACCCUGCAUCUUUUGCAGAAAAUAUAUUUCUUCGAAUGGUGAACUAUAAUUACUACUACUCUCUGAAUGCCUGGCUGCUGCUGUGUCCCUGGUGGCUGUGUUUUGAUUGGUCCAUGGGCUGUGUGCCUCUCAUUAAGUCAGCCACUGAUUGGCGGAUGGUGUGGCUGCUGCUGCUCUGGUGCUUCCUGAUAGGCUUGAUAAGCCAAGCCUUAUGCUCGCAGGACAGCCAAAGAAGGAGGACACUGACCUUAGGCCUAGUGCUGCUGGUGGUCCCUUUUCUGCCAGCCUGUAACAUUUUCUUCAGGGUGGGCUUCGUCAUUGCUGAGAGAGUUCUCUACCUGUCUUCAGCUGGCUACUGCCUACUGCUGGCAUACUCGGUGGGACACUGCUGCUGCCACUGGUCCAAAUACAGGAAGCUACUGUGUGUGUCAGUGCUAUCGCUGUUGUGUGUGUAUGUAGCUCGCUGUGCUCUCCGCAGUCACCAGUGGCGAUCAGAGCAAAGCCUUUUCACCAGCGCCCUGUCUGUGUGUCCAUUUAAUGCCAAGGUCCAUUACAAUGUUGGUAAGAACCUGGCAGACAGAGGAAACUCUACCGCUGCUAUUGCAUAUUACAGAGAGGCAGUCAGGUUACAUCCUACCUACGUUCAUGCCAUGAACAACCUAGGGAAUAUCUUAAAGGAGAGGAAUGAACUGAUCGAGGCAGAGCAGCUGUUGUCCAAAGCUGUUUCUAUUCAGCAUGACUUUGCUGCAGCUUGGAUGAAUCUGGGUAUAGUUCAAAAUAGCCUGCAGAAGUUCGAGGAAGCAGAGCAAAGCUAUUGGAAUGCAAUCCGCUUCAGGAAAAAAUACCCAGACUGCUACUAUAACCUAGGACGCUUGUAUGCUGAUCUGAAUAGACAUGUGGAUGCCCUAAAUGCAUGGAGGAAUGCAACUGUGUUAAAACCUGACCACAGUCUGGCUUGGAACAACAUGGUCAUUCUGCUGGACAACACUGGUAACUUGGGCCAAGCUGAGCUGAUCGGCCGAGAGGCUCUGAAGCUCCUACCCAACGACCACACUAUCAUGUUUUCAUUGGCCAAUGUCCUGGGGAAAUCACAGAAAUAUAAGGAGUCAGAGGGCUUCUUCCUUCAUGCUCUCCGAAUAAACCCAAAUGCUGCUAGUUGCCAUGGCAAUUUAGCUGUGUUGUAUCAUCGCUGGGGAAAGCUGGAGCUGGCAAAGAAACAUUAUGAGCUGUCUCUACAGUUGGAUCCUGAGGCUCCUGGGACCAGAGACAACUAUAACAUGCUGCGACGCAAACUGGACCAGCUUAAACGACCCACACCCUGAAGAACCCCUGCCUGCCGUAAAACAAAUCUUUCCCAUUGUUCUGUUUUGUAUUAUUUAAUCUCACUAAUUCCGGCUUUGGACCAUUUGGAAAUAAAGACCAUGAUCUGGGU